CAUAAUUCUAUGGAAUUAUUUAACCUCUAUUCAGAUUUCAUAAAAAGGUUGUCAAUAUUGAAUAUUUUCAAGUUGUCAAUAAAGGUAUUACUAAAUGACUGCUAUAUAAUAUUUUAUUGGUGUGUUCAGUUGUAAGGAGUUUUAUUGUCUUAGAUGAGAAUGACUUCUGGAUCAAUAGAAAUUCCUCUCCGUGAUACAGAUGAAGUUAUAGAAUUGCAUUCAGAUCAGCUUCCUGAUGGAGAAGAAGUUUUGGGAAUUUUGAGGCAAGAAAACUCACAGCUGUCAAUAUGGGUGAAUUUAGCUCUGGAAUAUUAUAAGCAAAGGAAAAUUGAUGAUUUCAUCAAGAUACUUGAAACUUCCCGAGUUGAUGCUAAUGUUGAAUAUAGAGAUUAUGAGAAGGAUCAAAUGCGAGCAUUGGAUAUGCUCGCUGCAUAUUAUGUGCAGGAAGCUAAUCGUGAGAAAAAUAAGGAUAGGAAGAGAGAAUUCUUCACCAAAGCUACAUUAUUAUAUACUACAGCAGAUAAAAUUAUUAUGUAUGAUCAAAACCAUCUUCUUGGACGUGCAUAUUUUUGUUUGUUGGAGGGCGAUAAAAUGGAACAAGCUGAUGCUCAAUUCAACUUUGUACUCAAUCAGUCGCCUAAUAAUAUUCCUUCUUUACUCGGUAAGGCUUGCAUAGCAUAUAACAAAAAAGAUUUCAGAGCUGCACUAGCAUUUUACAAAAAAGCCUUGAGAACGAAUCCAAAUUGUCCAGCGGCUGUUCGUUUAGGUAUGGGACACUGUUUUAUGAAACUUGGCAAUCAAGAAAAAGCAAGAUUAGCGUUUGACAGGGCACUACAAUUGGAUAAUCAGUGUGUUGGUGCUUUAGUUGGAUUGGCCAUUUUGAAACUAAAUCUACAGCAACCAGAAUCUAUUCGAUCUGGAGUACAAAUGUUAUCUAAAGCAUAUACUAUCGAUUCUUCCAACCCUAUGGUGCUUAACCACUUGGCAAAUCAUUUUUUCUUCAAGAAAGACUACAAUAAAGUACAACAUUUGGCUUUGCAUGCAUUUCAUAAUACUGAAAAUGAAGCGAUGAGAGCAGAAAGUUGCUAUCAAUUAGCAAGAGCUUUUCAUGUACAAGCUGAUUAUGACCAAGCUUUCCAAUAUUAUUAUCAAGCCACCCAAUUUGCUCCAGCUGCAUUUGUACUCCCCCACUUUGGCCUUGGUCAGAUGUAUAUAUAUAGGGGCGAUACAGAAAAUGCUGCUCAAUGUUUUGAGAAAGUUUUGAAAGCACAACCAGGAAAUUAUGAAACUAUGAAAAUUUUAGGAUCGAUUUAUGCCAAUUCAUCUUCACAAUCAAAAAGAGAUAUUGCUAAGAAUCACUUGAAAAAAGUUACUGAACAAUUCCCAGAUGAUAUAGAAGCAUGGAUAGAGUUGGCACAAAUUUUAGAACAAUCUGAUUUGCAAGGUUCUCUGAAUGCUUAUGGAACAGCAGUGCAGAUACUCAGGAAAGAUGUUCAAGCAGAAAUUCCAACUGAAAUUCUGAAUAAUGUAGGUGCACUACACUAUCGUUUGAGCAACCUUCAAGAGGCUAAAAAAAAUCUGGAAGAAGCUUUGGUGAGAGCAAAAACAGAAGCAGAGCAUGAUCCCCACUAUUAUAACUCAAUAUCUGUGACCAUAACCUAUAACUUAGCUCGGUUAAAUGAAGCAUUAUUCUUAUUCGAUAAAUCUGAAAAGUUGUAUAAAGACAUUUUAAAAGAACAUCCAAAUUAUGUUGAUUGUUACUUGAGACUUGGUUGCAUGGCAAGAGAUAAAGGCCAUAUUUAUGAAGCUUCAGAUUGGCUUAAAGAAGCACUGAGGAUCAAUCAAGAACAUCCCGAUGCUUGGUCUCUAUUAGCUAACCUUCACCUGGCUAAAGCAGAAUGUCUUCCAGGACAGAAGAAGUAUGAAAGAAUCUUAAAAAAUCCAGCAACUUCGCAAGAUUCUUAUUCCCUUAUAGCUUUAGGUAAUGUUUAUUUACAGACAGUCCACCAGUCAUCAAAGGAUAAAGAAAGGGAGAAACGACAUCAGGAGAAAGCAUUGGGUUUGUUCAAACAAGUGUUGAAAAUUGAUCCUAAAAAUAUAUGGGCUUCCAACGGAAUCGGAUGUGUAUUAGCUCAUAAGAAUGCAGUAAAUGAAGCAAGAGACAUUUUUGCUCAGGUGAGAGAAGCUACUGCAGAUUUUUGUGAUGUGUGGCUUAAUAUUGCUCACAUCUACGUUGAGCAGAAACAAUAUGUCUCUGCUAUACAAAUGUAUGAAAAUUGUCUCAGAAAAUUCUUCAAAUAUAAUAAUGUUGAAGUACUUCAAUAUUUAUCCAGAGCAUAUUUCAAAGCUGGUAAAUUGAAAGAAGCAAAGAUGGUGUUAUUGAAAGCCAGAAGGGUUGCACCGCAUGAUACCAUUCUUCUUUAUAAUAUUGCUUUAGUUCUUCAAAAGUUGGCAAUGGUUAUAUUGAAAGACGAGAAAUCUACUUUACAAAUUGUACUACAAGCUGUGCAUGAAUUAGGUCUUUCCAUGAAAUAUUUCACUUACCUAGUUGAAUCAAAGGAUCAAAAAAUAAAUAGAGAUAUGGCUUUGUUGGAAGCAAGACAGUGUAAAGAUCUUUUAUCACAAGCGCAGCAUCAUGUUGCUCGUGCCAGAAGAGCAGACGAAGAAGAUCGAAUGCUCAGACGUAAACAAGAGGAUGAACGUAGUGCCUUCAAACUUAAGCAGUUGGAAGAACAAAAAAAAAUUGAGGAAGAACGUAGGCUUACUAAAGAACAGUUGUUGCAGAAGCGUCAAGAAUAUAAGGAGAAAACCAAGAAUGCUCUUCUUUUUAUGGAAAUGCCAAGUGAGAAAAAUAGAAAAGGCAAAGGUAAAGGACGAGACAUUGCAAGUGAUUCUGGUAGUGACGCUGAGCCAUUAGAUGGAGAACAUGUACAUAAAAAAGCGAAGAAAGAAAGACCAAGAAAAAGAGCUCGAAGUUCAGAAAGAGGUGAGAAGAAACCAAGGAAAUCGGGAGGCCGAGGUGGAAGAAAGAAAAAGGAAAUAGAAGGAUCAGGGUCUGAUAGCGAUAGACCAAAAGUUAAAAGGAUUAAAAAGAAACAGGAACCAAAGAAGAAAUCCAAGGAUGAUGGUCUUAGUGGCAAACAAAAGUUACGGAUAGUUUCUAAAGCUACAAUAUCCAGUAGUGACGAUGACAGCGAUGGAGGAGCCAGGUCUAGGUCAAAUUCAAGAAGUAAAUCACGCUCUAGAUCAAUAUCACAAUCCAGAAGGAGCAGAUCAAAAUCUAGAAGUAAUUCAAAUUCUAGAAGUCGAUCAAGGUCUAGAAGCAGAUCGAGAUCUAGAAGCAAGUCCGGUUCUAGAAGUAGAUCGAGGUCUAGAAGCAAAUCAGGUUCUAGGAGUAGAUCAAGGUCUAGGAGCAAGUCUGGUUCUAGAAGCAGAUCAAGAUCUAGAAGCAAGUCGAGAUCUAGAAGCAAGUCAGGUUCUAGAAGUAUAUCGAGGUCUAGAAGCAGGUCAAGAUCUAGUAGGUCGAGGUCUGGUUCUAGAAGUGUGUCACGAUCAAAGAGUGGUUCUCGAUCUAGGUCAAGAAGUUAAAGAAAAAGUAUUUUAAGGAUUUAAAAAAAAUUGAUUUCAUAGAUUUAUUAUUUUGAAAGGUAAUAAAAUAUUAGUACUUCCAAUUUUACUUUUUUAGCUGAUUAACAACAUACAAUUGUUAUAAAAUGUUUAUAAUUCCAAUAUCUCUUAUGAAAUACCUACAUAAUAUGUAUAUUAUAAUUUUGAAUGAAAUUAAAAUUUCAGUGAUCAAAA